AUGUUUUUUACUGAAAUCCAAGCCAUUACGAAGCUCGUCUUGUGUUACUUAGAAGUCAAUGUGGAACUCCAUUUAUUAUUCAAACCUAUCGCCAAGAAAUUUCUUAAGUCCGAAAAGUCUAUUCAUUGGAGUCCAUUUAAAUUAUCUGAAUCACUUGGAAGAGGUGAUAAAUGUAGUUUAAUAUAUGAGAAAAGCUGCCAGAUGGAAUGGUAUCACGCUUCUACAAUUGUAGUUCCUGAAAAUGAAUAA